AUGUCGCACACAUCGGAGGAAGAGUCCCUGAGCAACUUCCAGCAGCAACCAAAGCUCGAGGUCGGUUCCGCGGGGCCAAGCAGAGGCGAUGCGGCCAUGCCUGUGGUGAAAAAGAGACGAGGUCAUCCAGGAAAUCCAGAUCCAGAUGUGGAAGUAGUAGCUUUAUCACCCAAGACACUCGUUGCGACAAAUAGAUACAUAUGUGAAGUCUGCCAUAAGGGAUUCCAGAGAGACCAGAACCUCCAACUCCACAGGAGGGGGCAUAACCUGCCAUGGAAGCUCAAGCAGAGAAGCAGCACUGAUGCUAAGAAGAAGGUGUAUAUCUGCCCUGAGGUGACCUGCCCGCACCAUGAUGCAACCCGAGCUUUAGGCGAUCUUACAGGCAUAAAAAAACACUUCUCCAGGAAGCAUGGUGAGAAGAAGUGGAAGUGUGACAGAUGUUCAAAGAAGUAUGCCGUCCAGUCUGAUUGGAAGGCUCACACAAAGAUAUGUGGCACCAAGGAGUACAGAUGUGACUGCGGAACUAUUUUCUCAAGAAAGGAUAGCUUCAUCACACAUCGAGCCUUCUGUGAUGCGUUAGCUGAAGACAACUCAAGGGUUAACCACAGUCUUGCUACCAUGGUUGGAAGCCUGCAUGGUCAGCAGGACAUCUUUUCACAUGGAGUGCCCAGCUUGAGCUCGUCACACACUGAUAUGGUUGCAAACAUUUCUAGUAACGACCAUAACUCAGACAUCCAUCUGAGAUCUUUAUCUCCUUAUGCCCUCAUUACAAGGAACACUGCCUUGUUCUCCAACCAGAUAUCACCCAAGGAUUCAGGUUUUCCACUUGAUGGAAGCGCAUCAAACUAUCCUUACAUGUCCAUGAACUCUCCAUACAUGUCAGCAACAGCCCUUCUACAGAAAGCAGCAGAGAUGGGAGCAAAGACCAGCCAGGAUCCUAUUUCACCAUUGCUUUUGAAAGGUUUCACAAAUAAUUUUAGUACUGCUAGGGGUCAUAUGGACAUAUCUUCUGGUAGUCAAGGAGAUUCUCUAGGGAAUUCAGCAGCUAACAGUGAUUGCAUGAAGACUGCUCAAGAUGGGAGCUCUUACAUGAAUGGUCGCAACAAUGUCCUGAUCAACUCAACAUGGACCAGCGGUAUGAUGACACCUACUACUGUACCUUUAAUUGGACUCAUGAACCAGCCAUUCUCCAUGAGACAAGGAAAGGAGAGCCCUCGCAUUUUUCCGGAAAUCCAGACGCAGCACAACACACAGGAAAACAUUUCAGGGGUAGGAGAUGCGGGCCUAACACAAGACUUUCUAGGUUUAGGAGGCAGUGGAAAUUUGGAUAUGAGUUCUGAGACCUACAAUACAGAUGUGACAGCAUUAAGCUAUUCUGAUGAGCAGCAAAAAAAUCAGGAACAUAUGUAUUCGUACCAUGAGUCAUCUCUUGACUCCACUGCAUUGGAGAAACCUAUUUGGGAUUCAUGA